AUGGCCCGGAGGGUGCUGGGCGGAGGCCGCGUCCUCGGGAGUGGGAAGAACCUCUCUCCAGCUACCUCGACUCCAUCCCCACAGCCCAAAGCCCACCUGUCGCCUUCUGCCAGCAGCUUGUCCUUGAACUCGCAAGCAUCGGCUUCGCAGUUCUCUUCCGAGGCACAAGAUCUUACCUCACGCAUUUCCCUCGAUAAUGGCGAAACGUCCAUUUCAGCCGCACCCGCCGUGUCCGGGUCACAGUUGGCAUGCCCUAUAUGCAGUGAAGAAAUGGUAACGUUGCUUCAGCUGAACAGACACCUCGACGAUGCGCAUCAUAACUUGGAGGAAGUUAGGCAAGACGAAGUGAAGGACUGGUUUAAAGCUCAGAUGGACAAAGCCAAGCGAUUUCAACCCCUGGCAGUUCUGAAUCAAAAACUGAAGGGGUUAGAUGUCUUCGAGUCUAACGAAAACUCGCAAGGGCCUUCUGUUGCUGCACCGCGACCCGCCACUUCUACAUCUGUCGAAGUACGGCAACCAGAUCCUGAUGAGGUUGUCACACGCCAUCACUGGCAACCUCGAGGACCAUAUGAUGUUUGCUAUGAGCCAAGCUGUGGGAAGAGACUUACAGCCGCUAACGGAUGUGUUAAUUGUCGAAAAUGCGGUCUGCUAUUUUGUGAAGAGCAUACAAUGUAUCAAAUGAAACUCUCACGUUCUGCUCAACAUGAACCUGUUAGAGGCUUGUGGUGUCGCGUGUGUGAAACUUGUUACAAAUCAAGAGAAGGCUAUAAUGAUCAUACUGGCUUUACGAAAGAUCAUACGGAGAUCUUCUCGCAGUUUAGGAAAAAUACUGUGGACAAAGCUUUCUUAGAAGUAUCCAGAUUGGAGAAAAGGCUUAGUCGGCUGACCCAAGCUCUCGCGAGCUUGCCCGCAGAACAGAUUCAAACAGGCACCAGCAAGAUAUGGCCUUUAGGAUGGCAGGGGGAUCAGCGCCGAGAGGUGGAGCAGUCUAUCGUGAGCUGGCAGGACGACGGAACUGUUUCCCGCUGCCCGUUUUGCCAGCAAGACUUUACGAAUUACACUUUUCGUAGACAUCACUGUAGGACUUGCGGGCGAGUUGUUUGUGGUGACCCAUCAACUGCGUGCUCAAUUGACGUUGGCUUAACAGUGUUGUCAAAAAACUCCUCAGAGAAGUCGGUGCCGGCCAAGGUUAACGUCGAUAUAAGAUUAUGCAAAGAAUGCAGGUCAACCCUUUUCAGUCGUCGUGAUUUUGAUAAAGAGAGAACAAUACAAGCACCAAUUUCCCGCGCAUAUGGGAAUCUCAUACAAUUCGAACGAGGGAUCAGACUACUUCUACCGAGAUUUCAAAAACUACUUGCCGUACUACAAGACCCCAAUAUCCCACCCACCCAUACUCAGCUUAGCGAGGCUUCAAAGGUUCGGAAGCGACUUAUAGACUCUUUUGCUCAAUACGAUACAGCUGCCCGUCGCAUACGCGAUAUGCCCACUACUUCACCCACCCAACAGAAGUUGCAGAAGUCUAUAUACCAGCAAGCGACCAAUUUUCUUCACCUGCAUAUGCUACCGCUCAAGAGCUUGCCUAAGAUUUUAAAGCAUGCGACGCCCAAUGGACAGCAUUCAAAUGGCUCAGUUCGGAGUGCCACUACCAGCCCAUUAGGAAACACAACACAUACAUCUGCUUUAGCGUCGAUAAAAUAUGGUAGCAACAACGCAAAUGGCAGCGGUUAUAGCAUCACCAGCGACAAUAGUAGCGCCAUCUCAGCACUCGAAACAGAAGAAAAAGAAUUACGGGAACGACUCAUUGUCUUAGAAGAACAGAAGUUCUUUGUCUCUGAAAUGAUUGCCGAUGCCAAUCGGCGACGGAGGUUCGACGAAGUCAGCAGUUUAGCAGUCAAUGUUGAAGACCUAAGUCGAGAAAUUGACAGAAUCAAUGGCAUGCUGAGCCAAUUGGACUUUGAAGGCGUCUAUACAAGCAACCAGUAA